AGAUGGAGGACUUAUUGCGCAUGCGGGGAGCUGAUCGGGUACUAACAGCGCUAACUUCACAACGGUUCAACGUUUCACGCCGCACGAUGAGCAGCCAUUUUCACAACAAUAACACUGUAUGAAGACAGCAGAUAUCAGUCUGGUCUGGCCUGUAAACACGGUCGAGUGUCCUCCGCGUCAUGUCCAGCAUCCAGCUGCUCAGGGUGCUCAUUAACGAGCGGCUGUCUGCAGCCGCCGAGGAGAUCUUCGAGGCGGCUAAAAAAAUCAUCGUGGACUACGAGGAGGAGAUCCUGCUCUCCAAACAGGAGAUCGACAGGCAGCGCACGAUGCUGCAGGCAGUGUUAAAUCCCGAAAUAAAGACAGACAAACACGCAGCAGACCAGCCUCAGCUGGCUCCCUCUGUCUGGGACGGGGACACCCCCAACCAAGAGGAGCAGCCGCAGGAACGCUGCAAUCAGGAGUGGAGCUCUGGUCCGGACCAGGAUGAGCAGGAGUCUCCACAAACUGAGGGGAGACAGGAGGACCCUCCCUACAGCAAGGAGCAGGAGCCGAUUCAGGAGGAAGAUGAGGAAGAGGAGGAGAAGAACACCAUCAGGUUAAUCUUUUCUCCUCCGUACGUGAAGAACGAGCUUGACCAGCCUCAGUCCGGUUAUCAGAGCAUUAAAGGAGAAGGAGAUCCUCUGCCGAGCACUUCAGCUGAGCAGGACCAGGUGAAGGUGGAGGGCGAAGAUGGAGCAUCCUCCAGCUGCUCUGCAACCGAACAAGAUGACAGCAACGAUGACGACUGGAGGGGCAGCGCGAGAUCUCAGAGCGACGACAGCGACAGUGACUGUGAACAGAAGAAGAGGAAGGGGCUUCGACAACCAAUGGCCCCAAAAGUGCCCCCAACUAAAAAAGCAAAAACACAAAUCUGCUGUAAAUUGUGCGGGAAAGCCUUUCACGCUACUGUCUCUUUGGUGAAUCACAUGGAGGUUCACCCAAAGGAUGUCUGCGGCGUGUGCGGGGAGCGAUUCGAGUCCGAGGAGGACUUUAAAGGCCAUUUGAAGUCACACGUGAAAGCUGAAAUCUGCAGCGUUUGCGGGAAAUGUUUCGGGGCCUCAAGCUCUUUGGAGACGCACAUGAGGAUCCACACAGGAGAGAAGCCGUUUAACUGCAGCGAAUGCGGGAAAUCCUUCAACUGUCGCCACAACAUGAUGCGACACAUCAGGAUACACACGGGGGAAAAGCCGUACCCUUGCACCAUCUGCGGCAAAAGCUUCAAUGACUACUCUACGUUGAAGCGCCACCUGCUGAGUCACAUGCACAAGCAGAACAGAGACCAGUAUAACACAUCUGCAAUUAAAAAUGAAAAUGGCAACAACAUGGAGAAGAAGCUGACAACAUCAUCACCGAAAAAGCAGCAGAGUCUGACCAUAUGUGAAGUGUGUGGGAAAAUGUUCCACUCUAUGGUUUCUCUGGUGAAUCAUGCUAAAAGUCACGCCGCAGACCUCUGCGGCGUGUGCGGGAUGCAUUUUGACUCGCAGGAAAAUUUAAAACUCCACCUGAAAACUCACAAGAACGGGAAGGUCUGCGAAGUGUGCGGGAAGUGUUUCGACAGUCAGGGGAAUCUGGAGAUGCACAUGAGGGUCCACACGGGGGAGAAGCCGUUUCUCUGCAGCGAGUGCGGGAAAUCCUUCAACUGCCGACACAACAUGACGCGACACAUCAGGACCCACACGGGGGAAAAACCCUACCUGUGCAACAUCUGCGGGCGCUGUUUCAGUGACCACUCCACUCUCAAACAGCACACCAGCACACACACCGGAGAGAAACCGCACCGCUGCGAGAUCUGCGGUAAAGGCUUCCACCGAAAGACAUACGUGAAGCUUCACAUGAAGAGCCACACGAAUGAGAAGUGACUGCUCUGUCACUGUGGUGGGAUGUAAAUAAAAACGUAGACAUGAAAAGUAGGGUUUUUUUUUCUUAAAGAUAUUUUUUUCUGGCUUUUUUUUAUUUUAAUGGACAGUUUUAAGGGGGA